AUGAAAGCAGACAUGAAACGCCCGCACAAGUUUCAUCAUGUCACACGUGUUCGCAAUCGAAAAGAAUAUUGGUAUCUUAAGUUGGUGGCUACAAACAUUUCAUCACCAGUUUGGGUGAGUGGAAGCGUGUUCAGGUUGGAAGUUCCACUCCUAAUCACACCUUCGUACUUUCAAUCACAACGCACUCCCACUCCACCGCGGCUUAUACUGAAACUUCUGCGACCAGAUUGCCCUGCUCAAGGAACAAGCAUAUGGCCAUGUCUUAAGUUUGAUGGGCCAGACAGAACGAAACAAGGCCCCUUGGAGGUAGAAUAUGCCUCAGAUUCACUGCGAAUCCCAAUGAAAUUUCCUGGAUAG